GCGUGCAGCAAGGGCGUCGCUAUGGUGCUGGAAGCUUUGGCGCGGACUUACAAAGCUCCGUUCCUUACUAGCGAUGCCGUUAGCGCAGGCUCGGGCGGGCGGCAGGCGGCGGGCGGGCCGUGGGAGGUACCGUUAGUGACGUCACAGUUAUGACGUCGCAGUCGUGACGUCAGACAGCGCGAUAUAGCCACCAGCCUCGGCGGCGGCGGCCUCAGUAUCGCACCGCCCGUCCGACAGCGCGUACUUCCGCGCGUACCCUUGUUACUUCGACUACCGCUAACUGUGAGUGAGUGCGCGUGCAGUGAGUGCUAUGUGCUCGGCCGCAUGAGGAUCCUGUUAAGCGAACUAGGACUAUCUGGCGCGUGCCUCGGUUUGACCCUGGAGCCGUGCGCCGCCUCUGAGGACUCCGACAAACCAGCGCCAGGUCAGCGCCCGCACGACGAUUCGCCUCCCUCUACUUCUGUGUUUAUUUUCGCUUUCGUUGUGUAGAACCUCUGGGUGUUGUAGACUCUGUGUGGAACUGUUGUGACGAUGGCCAUCGGCUAGAAUGCGAGGUGCGUUGCUGACGCCCUCCAGCCAAUUUUGCGGCCUUAGACAAUUUAUUUUCACACGGUCGAGCGCAAUAGAGUCGCGCUCGCCAAGCGCUUUUUCACCAAACUCAUCCAGCAUGCUACUGCUGCAGACACAAAGCAACUACAGUUCGUCCUUCAUUGAUCUUCUGUCAUCGCAAUAUCAAGAAGAUUCCUCAGAAAUCUUAGACGAGAAUUUAGAUCCUUUUCCGGACGUAGAAUUUCAUGCUCCGGUUCCUCCUGAAAUUAAAUCUCAACGAACUACGCCAGUGAGCGAAACACCAUCACCAACGCCAGGCCCUGCUUUACCAAGUUUUGAGGAAACAUAUUCAGUUCGGUAUCCAAAACAAGAGAUGGCGGAAUUUGGAAUAAAAAUGGAUGAAGAUUGUUACAACAUUGGCCCAUAUUCUCACCAAGGGCACGCACCCACACAAUUACUGUAUCAAUAUCAUCAACCUUCUUUACCCUAUGUACCGUCGCCCUAUUACGCCCCGGCUCAACCUUGUAGUCCUACGUUCGAUACCGGAGGCGUUACCCCUACACAGGACUCAUACUCUUUACCUCCAUUCCCAAGUACAGCAGAUUUACAUAUUACGACGGAUCAAAAUUCACGGCAAAGACGAGCUUCUUUACCCGUACAAAGAUCAGAAUCUAGCAGUUCGAAUGAAAGCCCUAAAUUACACGGUGGUCGCGUACACUGCAUGCAAGCGUCAACUCCUAGUUCAGCAGCAAGUUCUCCAGGUGGGGCACCUCAAGAUAGUGUAGGAACAAGAGCAGCCCCACAAUCACCAAGUCAGUUAUGUGCCGUUUGUGGAGAUACUGCUGCUUGUCAGCAUUAUGGUGUCCGUACUUGUGAAGGAUGCAAGGGAUUCUUUAAAAGAACUGUGCAAAAGGGGUCUAAAUACGUAUGUUUAGCUGAAAAGUCCUGUCCAGUAGACAAAAGAAGACGCAAUAGAUGUCAGUUUUGUCGUUUUCAAAAAUGUCUUGCUGUAGGAAUGGUUAAAGAAGUAGUAAGAACGGACUCAUUAAAGGGAAGACGCGGAAGAUUACCUUCUAAACCAAAAUGUCCGCAAGAAUCACCUCCAAGUCCACCAAUCUCUCUAAUAACAGCUCUUGUCCGUGCGCAUGUUGAUACUUCUCCUGAUUUUGCUAAUUUAGAUUAUUCGCAAUAUAGGGAACCUAAUCCGAUGGAACCACCAAUGUCAGAUGUUGAAGUAAUUCAACAAUUUUACUCAUUGCUGACGACGUCCAUCGAUAUGAUUAAAGUGUUUGCAGAAAAAGUACCUGGUUAUGGUGAUUUAUGUCCCGAGGAUAGAGAACAGUUAUUUGCAUCCGCUCGUCUGGAAUUAUUCGUUCUUCGACUUGCUUACCGGACUCGUCCUGAAGACACCAAGCUCACUUUUUGUAAUGGACUCGUGCUUGACAAACGCCAAUGCCAACGCUCCUUUGGAGAUUGGCUUCAUGCAGUACUUGACUUCAGUAACACUUUACACUCAAUGGACAUUGAUAUAUCUACGUUUGCUUGUCUUUGCGCCCUUACUUUAAUCACAGAGAGGCAUGGGUUAAAAGAGCCUCACCGUGUGGAACAAUUACAAAUGAAGAUAAUCGGCUGCCUUCGAGCUCAUAUGCCCGGAGGAGGUGGAGUUGGUGGUGCCGGUGCACCUCAUUUUAGUCGAGUCCUCGGUGCGUUACCAGAGCUGCGUUCCUUGUCAGUGCAGGGUCUUCAGCGUAUUUUCUAUUUAAAACUUGAAGAUUUAGUACCAGCACCCCCACUUAUCGAAAAUAUGUUCCGAGCAAGCCUACCUUUCUAGAAAGUUUGAACUUAGUUCAUGUAGUAUCUGCGGAUUUCACCGCUCCCGAAACUCGUCCCUCACUUAUCUAGAGCCGACUCCGUUAUUUUUAUAAUUAUUUACUUAAAUUUAAAAUAUUUUUCGAUAGGCUAGGUUAAUAACGUAGAGUUCGAUCUCCAAGGCAUCAUCGGUUCAUGCUUAUAGUAUGAAUUUCAUUAUAAUUAAUUUAAAUUGAAAAAUUUAUACUUAAGUUGUAAUAUUAACGUACGGUUAAGAUUAAUUUAUUGUUAUUGUAUAUUUGUGUGUGAUUCAGUUAUAUCUUUUAAAAUAUCUACUUAGUAGUCUGCAUUUGAGUUACCGCUCGUGAUCAAUGGCAUCUCGUCGUACAAAUAUUCCUAUGUUAUUUACUUGUGUAUUAUUUUAAUAAGAAAAAUCUAGUCACAAGACUUAUAAAUGUAAAAAUUUGGCUUAUGGGUCACCGAUUUUUUAUAGUAUUUUACAAAUAAUUAAAGCAUUUGUUGAUGUCAAAACACGAUUGUGAUAAACGGAGAGCAGAACGUUUUUCGACCAGUGUUGCGUUUCUUCGUUUGUCUGAUAGGUACAUGACAUUGAGUCGAAACGGAAUUAUUGAUAGAAGUUACCUUUUAGGUUUACAUAAUUUUAACGCUUGGUCGUUUAUUUCGUUUUGACAAAAUCUUGCGUCUAAGAUCAGGGAAAAAGUUCAGCAUGAUAUAAACUCCUUCAACUCCUACGUGUCUUAUAAAGUACCUUCGUAGAUAGGUAGCUUAGAUAUUCCUUAAAGUAUAUUGUAAUAUUUCGAAAUGUAGUUUUAAAACAUAUCAGUGUAUUUUAAAUAUGUUUAAAGUACACACAGAAGUUAAUUACGUAUGAGUACAUAAUAUAGUUAAAGUUAUAAUACUUAUACAUUAUAAUUAACUAAUAUAUUAUGACGUUCAAAUUAAUGUGGUAACCCAUGUGUGCAAUUUAGUACAUUUUAAAUGGGUGAUGAUCCUUAAUGGACCAAAUAGUAUAUACAAACCUUAAUAACAAAAUUCUAGAUCUAUUAAUUUUCAAAAGACCGUUAUAAAUA